AUGCCUCGAUAUGCACAAUUAGUUUUAGGACCAGCUGGUUCAGGUAAAUCAACAUAUUGUAGUUCAAUGGUUAAACAUGGUGAAGUAAUUAAACGAACAAUAAAUGUAAUUAAUCUUGAUCCAGCAGCUGAACAUUUUGAUUAUCCAAUUUUUGCUGAUAUUAGAGAAUUAAUUGAAAUCGAUGAUGCAAUGGAUGAUCAAGCACUUCGAUUUGGUCCAAAUGGUGGUCUUAUUUUUUGUAUGGAAUAUUUUGAACGAAAUCUCGAUUGGUUACAUGAACAGUUAGGUGAUGAAGAAGAUGAUUAUUUUUUAUUUGAUUGUCCCGGUCAAAUUGAAUUAUAUACUCAUGUACCAGUAAUGCGUCGUGUUGUUGAGCAAUUACAAAAUUGGAAUUUUCGUGUAUGUGGUGUAUUUCUUGUUGAUGCACAAUUUUCUGUUGAACAAUCAAAAUUUUUAAGUGGAAUGCUUACAGCAUUAUCAUCAAUGAUUCAACUUGAAAUACCAUUUAUUCAUGUUUUAUCAAAAGUUGAUCUUCUAUCAAAACGUGAUAAAAAACAAUUGAAAAAAUUUAUGGAUCCUGAUAUAUAUCAGUUAGCAAACAGUGAAUUAUCGAAUACAUUUCUUGGUCGUUAUAGUCAAUUGAAUAAAGCAAUAGCAAGUGUGAUAUAUGACUAUAGUUUAGUGAAAUUCUAUGCAUUAGAUAUGAGUAAAGAAGAUUCUAUAACAAAUUUAUUAGUCGAAAUUGAUUUAAGUAUACAAUAUGGUGAAGAUUUUGAUGUAAAAGAACCUAAAGAAAUUGAAGAUAAUAAACAAGAUGAUGAAUAA